AUGGCUCUAAGAAAAAGUGAGUCCGGCGCCUCCUCUUGGGUGGAGGCCGGAAGCGGUGGCGAUGGGGAGCCGAACGAGGCUGCAGCUGGGGCCGUGGGCGCUGAGAGCGAGGAGCGGCGCCAGGACCCAGCCGAGGCCGGCUCCGAGGAGGCGCCGCCGGGGGAGGACCCCCCGAAGGAGGAGGAGGCCGCGGUGGCGGACCCCAGCAUCUUCCAGCUCUCGUACCCGAGGCCGCGGCUGCGGUGGACGGCCGAGCUGCACGAACAGUUCGUCAAGGCUAUUGACGAACUGGGUGGCGCGAACAGAGCUACACCUAAACUAAUCCAUGCCUUGAUGGGAGUUGAAGGGAUAACUCUCUUCCACAUAAAGAGCCAUUUGCAGAAGUAUCGGCUUGGAAAGACUGGAAGGAGGCUCUGGAGAAAAGAUCUCUUGCCGCCCAACUAUUUUGAAGGAGGAGAUAUGGUGCCACCAAUGAACCAGCUGCAAGCUGAGGAACCUUCCGUUCAAAGUGCAUUUAACAUGAACGGGAUCAAUGUGUUGGGAGAUGAGGCGCUUAGCGAUCUCCAUCUAAUGGUCGAGCCUCAGGCUACAUUCGUGACUGCACCACCACCGCGACCACUACCGGCACUAGGACCACUACCAGCACCACCGGCACCGGCACCAGCACCAGAACCGGCGAUAAACAGUGUCAAAUACGAGGAUGUAGUGGAACCUUCUCUGCUGCCUCUCUUUCCGGCGGGUGGGCCGACGAUGGAGUGGCCGGAAUUCAACCAAGGCGGAGCACGAAGAGCCCUCGACAACCCCCCAACGAUGGACGACUACCUCAACUACUCCGCCGACUUCACCAAUCCCUCCUCCUGCACCCUCUUCAACACCUUCUUCGACGACGUCGCCACCCUCCCACCCCCCAACCCGGACUUCUUCUCCCCCCCGCCUACUUUUCCUUAA